UCAUUUGAAAACUUGCAUGGUGAGGAGCGCUUUGGAGGAGAAAGGUAACGCAGCGAGCUAAACACAAUGGCGACGGCGGCGACCUCGGCAGGCGGGACGGGCUCGGGCGGAUCAGCCGCGGGCCCGGUUGGCGGCGGAAUCGCCGUAGCGCGGAAGAAAGACGGAGGCCCUUCGACGAAAUUUUGGGAAAGUUCCGAAACCAUCUCUCAGCUUGAGACGGUGCGACUUUGGAUCGGAAAGCACUACAAGAAGUAUGUCCAAAAUGACUCCCCGUCUAGUAAAUCCCUGGCUGGCCUCGUGGUCCAGCUGCUCCAGUUUCAAGAGGAUGCGUUUGGGCGCAGGGUCAACAAUCCCCCUCUUACCAAGCUACCUGCCAAGUGUUUCCUCGAUUUCAAGGCAGGAGGUACGCUCUGCCACAUCCUGGGAUCGGUCUACAAGUACAAAAGCGAACAGGGCUGGAGGAGAUUUGAUCUGCAGAACCCGUCACGGAUGGACCGGAACGUGGAAAUGUUCUUAAAUGUAGAAAAACAUCUGGUUCAGAAUAACUGCUUGACCCGGCCGCUCGUCUACCUGUCGCCAGAGGUUGAGCAAAAACAAGCCAACAAACUCAAAGACAUCAUCAAAAGGCACCAGGGUUCAGUCACUGAGGAUAAGGCAAAGGCAACUCAUCACAUUUACCCUUCUCUGACACAGCAGGAAGAUGAGGAGUGGCUGCGUCCCGUCAUGAGGAAGGACAAGCAGGUUCUCGUUCACUGGGGCUUCUACCCAGACAGCUAUGACACCUGGGUGUCGGGCGGUGAGGUGGACGGCGACGUGGAAGAUCCUCCCAGCACCGAGAAGCCCUGGAAGGUUCACGCCAAGUGGGUUUUAGACACGGACGCCUUCAACGAGUGGAUGAACGAAGAGGAUUACGAGGUGGACGAGAACAAAAAGCCCGUCAGCUUCCGACAGAGAAUCUACCCCAAAGAGGAAGAGUCUUCCCGUACACCCGAUCGCAAGGAGCGCAAGGCCAACUCUGCUGGCAAGAAGAGGAGGCGCUCGCCCUCGCCGCCCAGCACCCCCGCCGAGUCCCGGAAAAAAGGAGGAAAGAAGGGGAACCCGGGGCCUCACUGGAAGAGACGGGGACACAGAGGAGAGGAAGAGGACACCGAGGAGGACAUGACCAAAGACAUGGAUGACUCCUCUGCCGGCGCCAGCAUGGAGGAUGGUUGCGUGUCCAAGAACGCUAAUUCAAAAAAAGACAGUGAAAAUACUCCAGUCAAGGGAGGGAAUAUGGCAGAUUUGGACGACGUCGAAGAUGAUUCUGUGCUGUCCGGAGGAAAGGAUGACGAUGAACAAGGCAAGGGAGAAAUCUGUAGGAUGGAUGCCGGAGAGGACAACGUAACUGAGCAGACGCACCACAUCAUCAUUCCCAGCUACGCUGCCUGGUUCGACUACAACAGCAUCCAUGAGAUUGAGAGAAGAGCUCUUCCAGAGUUUUUUAAUGGGAAGAACAAGUCCAAAACUCCAGAAAUAUACUUGGCCUAUCGUAACUUCAUGAUCGACACGUAUCGGCUGAACCCUCAGGAGUACCUCACCUCCACCUCCUGUCGCAGAAACCUGACCGGGGACGUCUGUGCCAUCAUGAGGGUUCAUGCAUUCCUGGAGCAGUGGGGCUUGGUAAAUUACCAGGUGGAUGCUGAGAGUCGCCCGUUACCCAUGGGCCCCCCUCCCACACCCCACUUCACUGUGCUGGCCGACACACCCUCAGGCCUCAUGCCCCUUAACCACCGACCUCCGCCUAUUCCUCCUCCACAGCCAAUGCCCAACUUUGCAGACAAGGCCAAAGACAAACCAAUUGACCUGCAGAACUUUGGCCUCCGCCCUGACCUCUACAAGAAAAACGCCAAGCAGGGUAAAGGCGGCAGCACCACCACCAGAGAAUGGACUGAGCAAGAAACUCUGCUGCUGCUUGAGGCGCUGGAGAUGUACAAAGACGACUGGAACAAGGUGUCGGAGCAUGUUGGUUCUCGCACUCAAGACGAAUGUAUCCUGCACUUUCUGCGGCUGCCCAUAGAAGAUCCGUACCUGGAGAGCACAGAAACGUCCCUGGGCCCUUUGGCCUACCAGCCUAUUCCCUUCAGUCAGUCUGGGAACCCUGUAAUGAGCACCGUAGCCUUCCUGGCGUCUGUGGUGGAUCCCAGAGUGGCCUCCGCUGCAGCCAAGGCAGCUUUAGAGGAGUUCUCUCGUGUGCGUGAAGAAGUUCCAGCUGAGUUGGUGGAAGCUCACGUCAAGAAGGUGCAGGAGGCAGCAAGGAACACAGGCAAAGUGGACCCCACCUUCGGCCUGGAGAGCAGCGGCAUCGCCGGAACCGCCCCAGAGGAGCCGGAAAAAACAGAAACCGCGGAACCAGAAAAGAUGGAGACGGAUUCGGACUCCCAGCAGGCUGAUAAGGCCGAGCUGAAGGACGAGGCAGAAAAGCCCAGUGAGUCUGCAGAGAAAAACGACAAGACGGAGGCCACGGAAAAGGUGAAGAAGGAGGGAGCCGAGACGUCGGAGCACGAACAGGACAAGGAGGAGGAAGGCGAGGCUAAAACGCCUUCAGCAGGUACAGAUAAAGAUGAAACUAUGGAGACCUCAUCUUCAGAGCAAGAGAAGGAAAAGGAGGAGAAGGCGGCUACGGAGGAGGGAGAGGAAAAGCAGAAGAAGCUGGAACACGACAUUGGAGAGGGAAACAUCGCAACAGCAGCUGCUGCUGCUCUGGCGUCUGCUGCCACCAAGGCCAAGCACUUGGCAGCAGUCGAGGAAAGGAAAAUUAAGUCUUUAGUUGCCCUGCUCGUGGAGACCCAGAUGAAGAAGCUGGAAAUCAAGCUGAGGCACUUUGAAGAGCUGGAGACCAUCAUGGACCGUGAGAAAGAAGCUCUGGAGCUUCAGAGGCAGCAGCUCCUCACCGAGCGGCAGGCGUUCCACAUGGAGCAGCUGAAAUACGCCGAGAUGAAGGCGAGGCAACAGAUGGAGCAGCAAGCUGCCGCCGCUGCUGCCGCCGCCGCCGCCGCCGCCCAGGCACAAGGGCAGGGUUCUGGAUCAGGACCCCAUCCUGCUCCAGGGCCCCACCCUGGUCCCCCUUCACACGGCAUACACCACGGAGGACCUCCUGCUACCCACCACGGAGGACCCCCACCCCACCACGGAGGACCCCCACCGGGCGCUGCAAUGCAUCCUGGGUUUCCCCCAAUCGGCCACCACCCCAUGGGCCCCCACCACCCAGGACAGACAGGACCUAUGGAACCUGUGCAGCCGAUCCCGGGGCGGAUGCUGUCCGGUCCACCCUCUGCCGGCCCUCCUCCAGGGGGCAUGCCUCCCAUGAUGCCCCCACGUCACCCCGGAGCCCCCAAUGGCAUGUAUCCCGGCCCCCCACCCGCACAGCCCGAGGCAUUGCCUGCAGCUCCCGUGGCUCCUCCGGCGCCCCCGAGUGGCCGAGUGUCCGACAACUGAGGGCGCGCAAACAGAAAAAGCACAUGUGCAUAAAGCUAAAACUCUGUCUGACCUUUGCUUGUCGCUAAGUUUUCCUCCCUCACAUCCAAAGCAGCCAUAAACUUUUACCCCGCUGCCACACAGACCCACACUGUGGCUUCCUUUGGCAAAAAAAAAAAAAGGAGCCGACUUCACAAACACACACGCAGACUUCCUCUCAGGGCACAGCGGCGAGGUCCAUCUAGUAAUAAACACUGUUUCACACUCUGUGGAGGAGAAGCGAGGCUGAAAACAACCAUCCUGUGUAUAGCAAACCAAACAAGGAGACAGAAAAUAUUUUUGAAGAAAAAAAAAUCCUCCUUUCUCAGCGUUUUUUUUUUUUUUUUCAGAUGACACUGUAACGCUUUCCAGAGUAAAAAAAAAAAGAAACAGGAAAAAAAAACAAAAACAAAUGCUCACCUGUAAUCCUUUCCCUAAUAUAUGAACCCCAAGGGGAUGCUUGUGAGACCAGGCAGCCAGUCUGUGCUGAGUAGCCUCAGCUGUGGACAUGUGAGGCGGUCAUCAGAUUUAGAGCGUACCGGGGGGGGGGGGGGAUAAAACACAGAAGACCCAGCCUGGCCUCACUCCUGCUGAGUAUCUACCUCUCGCUCUUCUUUAAAUGAUACACUGUAGUUCUGUGUGUGUGUGUGUGCGUCUGUGAAGACAGCAGGAGAGAGUCGAGCUUCUGCUGAAGUUACAGAAAUGUAAAAUGUAAAAUAAAAAGACUAAAAGUUACAGAUUUAAAGCCCAGUGGGUCAGGUGUUGCGGGAAAGACUGUUAUGGUUCUGAUGCCGGUAAGCGCUGGAAGUUAUUUAGUCCUGAACGGCUUUUUGUUGCAGAUCAAAGGAGAAAAAUCAGGAAGUGAUGCUUUAUUAGACGCGUCACGUUUUUGUUUUAGACGCCACGGAGAGGAAGCAGCGCUCCUCCUGUUGCCUUGUUGCUCCGAUGUAUUGCGCUGUGGGGAAAACUCCUUUCAGGCGCGAGCUCUCCGGUAAAUCUGUGGGAUUAAUCAAAAUAGAUUAGCAGCAGCAACUAAAGUUGGAUAAAGCAUAUAAGA